AUGUAUUUAGGGGAAAAACGAUUCCAACAAAAAAUAGAAUUUAGGGCAAGAAAGUUUUACCUGAAGGACGUUACUGUUGGAUUUUGUCAUCGCUGGCAGAGGCACUGGUUGGAUGUUGUUCGAGGGCUGGCGGAGACGGUCACCGGAUUGGAGGGCGAUGGCCAAAUAUGCGAGCGAUGUGGAGGAGUGGCGACGGUCGGCGCUGUAAAGCAAGAGAAGUGGAUCGUCGGGUGUAAGGCAAGAAGUUUCACCAAUGUUGCAGACUCGGCGCUAGCGAUAGAGGAUCGUGGAGGUCGGAUGUGGGUCUCUCGUGGAGGCCGGUGUUGUGAGCUUAUAGCUUUUGGCUCAUCGUUUAUGGUUUAUGGCUUAAGGCUUAUGCUUAGAUCAACAAUUAAAUCCAUACAGAGUCUCGAACUUCGUCUGUCAAAUCCAAAUCGGCAUAGCAUCGGACCAACACAAAUAUGGCCGCCCAAAUUCGUUCAUAAAACUCAUAAUCUGAAGAUCAUCACUCACACAUCUGGAAAUCCCAUGGUUGUGAAGCAGGAGACUGAGAUGCUGGAAGCGAAAAUCAAGAUGAUUAGAUAG